AUUUAUUUUUCUUACUAAAACUUUUGUUUAUAAAUUAGUUUGUAAACAAUUUUGAGACACGAAAUAACAUAACUUUUCCUUUUUUUGUUUUGAUGAUUGUUUUUUAGGAACCAUGUGUGAUGCAUAUUUGGUAAAGACCAUUGACUUAUUUAACUCUUUCCUUUUUUUCUUGUUUUCAGACUCAAAAACUCCAACCAAAAUUUGCUUAUUGUUGUAUAGAUUGAACUUUGCACUUAGCUCCCAAAGUCCAACACCCGAUUAAAAACUCCCAUAAAGAGCUAAACACGAAACCUAAUUUCUCCCUACACACAUCUCAAAUCUCUCCAAUUUUGUUCAAAGCUCGAAUUCUGUUCAAAGCUCGGAUUUUUAAUUGCUUCAAUGGGUGAGAAAGAUUCAGAAACAGCUCCGAUUUGGGGGAAAACUCGAGAGAGAGAGAGGAGCAACAACAACAAUAUACAGCCAAUGGAUUUAGAGUCGUCCUCUUCUGUAUCUGGGCAACAACGAUCGUUGACUCAGAGUCGAAGUUCUUAUGAAGAACGAGGUAGAGGAGUUAAAGAGUUUCGGAGUUGGUUUCCUUGGCUCAUUCCUUGUUUCGUUGUUGCUAACGUUGCCGUCUUCGUGAUCACCAUGUAUGUCAACAAUUGUCCUAAGAAAUCUGGAGAUUGUUUUGCUGAUUUCUUGGGUCGUUUCUCGUUUCAGAACACCAGAGAAAAUCCUCUUCUGGGUCCUUCCUCUCUCACGUUACAAACAAUGGGUGGAUUAGAUGUUAAAAAAGUGGUUAAAGGAGAUGAAGGAUGGCGUCUACUUUCUUGCAAUUGGUUACAUGGAGGAGUUGUUCAUUUACUGAUGAACAUGUUGACUCUUUUAUUCAUCGGUAUACGUAUGGAACGUGAAUUUGGUUUUAUUCGGAUUGGAUUGCUUUAUUUGAUAUCAGGGUUUGGAGGAAGCAUAUUGUCAGCUCUUUUCCUCCGUUCAAACAUCUCUGUUGGAGCAUCUGGUGCCGUGUUUGGUUUACUUGGAGGAAUGCUCUCUGAGAUCUUUAUCAACUGGACAAUCUAUUCUAACAAGGUUGUGACGAUUGUAACUCUUGUAUUGAUUGUGGCGGUGAACUUGGGGCUCGGUGUGCUCCCUGGAGUAGAUAACUUUGCUCAUAUCGGAGGGUUUGCUACAGGUUUUCUUCUUGGAUUUGUGCUCUUAAUCCGUCCCCAUUACGGAUGGAUCAACCAAAGAAACGGUCCUGGAGCUAAACCCCACAGGUUCAAGAUAUAUCAGGGCAUAUUAUGGACUAUCUCUCUUCUCAUCUUGGUCGCUGGGUAAGUGUUACAUUUCUCUGUCACGUCAAUAGCAAUAAAUCAGUCUGUUUGUUUUUAACUAUACUAAUAAAAGCCUGCAGAUUGUGUAAAUGAUGAUCUUGUCUCUUUGAUUGACACUAAAAAAGUUAUGAACUUUGUGAGAAAACCAAACCAAGCUUCUUUCCUUAUCAGGUUCAUUGUUGGAUUGAUCUCUCUCUUCAACAAUGUCGAUGGAAACGAACAUUGUUCGUGGUGUCAUUAUCUUUCAUGUGUUCCAACAUCUAAAUGGAGCUGUAACCGAGAACCAGCCUCUUGCACGACGACUCAAUUAGGUAACCAAUUGAGCAUGACUUGUUUGAGGAAUGGGAAAUCAGCAUCUUACAUUUUGGCAAAUCCCUCGGAUUCACGGAUUAAUAGCUUAUGUGUUCAGCUUUGCCGUUGAUUUACUGAUUUUUAGAAAUAUUAUUAUGUACACAAACACACUCUACACUGUAUCUAUCAUAUUUUUUUCUUGCUUAUUAUGUGUAUGUUUUAUAGAGGCCCUUGUUCAAUAAAUAAUACAAUGUUUUCCUAAAUUACUAUAACGGUGCUUUGCUACAAUUUUAGAAGAGAAUCCAUGAUACAACUUUG